AUGGCGGAGGUACGGCAAGAGGUGGAGCGUGAGGAACGUGAGCGCGAAGAGCGCAAGCGCAGAGGCGACAGAGCUGCAACCGCUGUUAACAAUAAAUUUGACGACUAUCCAAUAUAUGAUUACCGUAACAAUAAAAUUAACAAUAUUGGUACAGUAAUACUGAAUUGCGUUGAUCCUGAUUUGAAUACUGAACAAAAGACAGACUUUGUUGUUGUGGAUGACACACAUGCUCCAAUUCUAGGGUUAGAAACUAACAUAGGGAUGACUUCAUCAAGCAACACAUUUAGUGGUUUAGGUAAAUUUCCAGGGACUGUUUCAAUAGCAUUGGAAGAUGGGGCUACUCCUUGUUUGCACUAUAAAAAGAGAAUUAAAUUGAGUAUGUUAGAGCGGUUCAGCCGUAAGAUUGAAGAGAUGGUGGGUAAUAAAGUUAUAUCGCCAGUAAAUUAUCCUACAGACUGGGUGCAUAAUGUACAGCUGGUAGAAAAGAAAAACGAUAUUCGAGUUUGUCCGGAUCCAAAACCAUUAAAUAAGUGCAUAAAACGUGAACAUUUUCUGAUUCCAACCUUCGACGACAUUACCAGUCAAUUAGCUAACAAGUAUAUAUUUACUGUACUCGAUCUUAGUAGUGGGUUUUGGCAAAUGGAAUUGGACGAGCCAAGUUCGAACUUAACGACAUUUAUGACACCGUUUGGCCACUAUAAAUUCAAUCGCGUGCCCUUUGGUUUAAAUUGCGCACCCGAAAUGUUUCAAAGAGAAAUGGUCAAACAUUUCGGCGAUAUCCCCGGGGUCAUAAUUUAUUUUGAUGACAUGGCAAUUGAGGCAGAGGACUUAGAACAGCAUGACGAGACUCCCGCAAAAGUUAUUGCACGAGCAGUCGAAAAAGGCAUAAAAUUAAAUCCAGAUAAAAUUCAAUAUCGUCAAACGGAAAUGAAAUUCAUGGGAUGUAUAGUUUCAAAAGGUACCAUCAAACCGCAUAGUAAAUAUUGUGAAGCAAUUCGCGGACUUAAGAAACCAAAGAAUAAAAGCGAUGUCAUGUGA